UUUUACACCAAAACCUUAAGGCAAUGUUGUUAUGGGUCUUUAUUCUUAUAUAGUGUUUAACUUUGUCUUUCCCUUCAGGUGUAUGAGGGACCCCUUUGGUUAUGGUUAUAUAUAUAUAUUUUUCACAUGUGGGUUAUGGUCAUAGGCAUAGUUAUGGAUAUUGAGAGAUUGUGGUUCUAUAUGAUUAUAUGAUAUUAGUUUUACACAUAUAAGACCUUAGACACCACUUUUACACAAAAAUCUUAAGGCAAUGUUGUUAUGGGUCUUAUUCUUAUAUAGUGUUUAACUUUGUCUAUUUUAUCCAAUGUGGGAUUUUGACUCACACUUGGACUAUUCCCAACACCUUCAUACUCCUGUUCUUCAUUCACAUUCAUAUCCUCCAUCCACUAAUAUUUUUAUUUUAUUUAUUUUUUGAACAUGGAGGUGUUGUACAAGAAAUUUAGUUUUGAAAUUAUUGUCAUUAGCGUCGGCCAAACCAACACAAAUUAAACUUAUAUUAAAAUAGUUUUUAUUUAGUGUCAACUAAACUGUUUUAAUUAAAAAUUCAAUCUAAAUAUUAAUGAUGAAUUAACGUUGGCUAAGCCGAUCUUGGUUAGAGUUGGUCUUCGAAAGCCGAUGAUAACAAAAUAGUGUCCAUAGUUUUAGGACUAAUCCUAGCAAGUUUCUAGAUUUUCUGGAUCUGUUUUGUUGCAAACGCCUAAGAAAUAAUAUGAGAACUAUUUGCUUAAUGUUUUCAUUAUUUGUAUCAUGAAAUUUUGCAUUUUGCAUUUGUAAGAUCUGGGAAAGUUGUAGCCCAUAAAAGAACCAAAAAUAACAAGAAAUUAAGUGUCAGUUUUCAAGGAAGCAUGGAUGCAGUGGUCACAGCAACUACAGAAAGCGCACUGCAAAUUGUUGGAGGUGCGGUCAAACGACAUGUGGGCUACAUUUUUAAGUACAGUGACAAAUUUAAAGAGGUAAAACAUUACAUUAAGAUGCUACGCAAUGCUAAGAGCAGGGUACAAAAUGAAGUUACUAAAGCGAAAAUGAAUGCGGAAGAAAUUGAAGAUGAUGUUCAAGAAUGGUUAAAACAGGUAGAUGAAAAGAUAGAAAAAUAUUCAAGUUUUAUCGAUGAUGAACGCCAUGAAAAGACGAGGUGCUCCUUUGGUUUCUUUCCAAAUAACUUCCAGUUGAGGUAUCGAUUAGGAAGGAAUGCUGCAAAGAUGAUAGAGGAAAUCAAAGCAGAUGAACUUUGGAAUAAAAAGUUUGAUAAAGUUUCAUAUCGGGUACGUCCAUCCAACGAUGCUGCUUUGGCAAACAUUGGUUAUGAAAGCUUUGCAUCAAGAACCAAAACUAUGAAAAUGAUUAUGCAAGCAUUGAAAGAUUCUACAAUUAACUUGAUUGGACUUUACGGGGUUGGUGGUGUGGGUAAGACCACCUUAGUCAAAGAAGUUGCUAAGCAAGCAAAAGAAAAGAAGUUGUUCAACACGGUGGUUAUGGCAAAUGUAACAAGAAAUCUAGACUUAAAGAAAGUUCAAGGACAAAUUGCUGAGAUGUUAGGAAUGAAAUUGGAAGAGGAAGCUGAGAUUGUAAGAGCAGAUCGCAUUCGAAAGAGGAUAAUAGAGGAAAAAGAGAACACUCUUAUAAUCCUAGAUGAUCUAUGGGAUGGAUUGGACAUGAAUAGACUGGGGAUUCCAUGUCGUGAUGAUGAGAAUGCCAUCCAACAAUUAGGUUAUUACAAGAAGAUGGAAAGACAAGAGUUUUCUAACAAUUUCAAAAGGAUGGAGGAAAACAUGAAUAGACUGGGGAUUCCAUGUCGUGAUGAUGAGAAUGACAUCCAACAAUUAGGUUGUUACAAGAAGAUGGAAAGACAAGAGUUUUCUAACAAUUUCAAAAGGAUGGAGGAAAACAUGUUGACCACUAAUUUCACUAAAACGAAAAAAGAAAAGUUACUUGGUGAUCAUAAGCGAUGUAAAAUUCUUCUAACGUCUAGAAGUAAAGAAGUGAUAUGUAAUCAAAUGAAUGUACCAGAGACAUCCACAUUCUUGAUAGGAGUCAUUGAUGGUAAGGAGUCAGAGACUUUGCUUAAAAAAAUGGCUGGAAUUCACUUGCGGAAUUCCAUGUUUGAUGGGAAGGCUAACGAAAUCGCCAAAAUGUGUGGUGGAUUGCCUAUAGCAUUAGUUUCCAUAGGAAGAGCACUAAAGAAUAAAAGCUCCUUUGUAUGGAAUGAUGUUUGUCGACAAAUUAAAAAACAAAGUUUUACAGAAGCACAUGAAUCUAUAGAGUUCUCGGUAAAGUUGAGUUAUGAUCAUCUGAAAAAUGAGGAGCUCAAGUGCAUUUUCUUACAAUGUGCUAGAAUGGGAAGUGAUGCUUUGAUUAUAGACUUGGUGAAAUUUUGUUUGGGUUUAGGUGUUCUUCAAGGAGUCCAAACAAUUAGCGAAACCAAAUAUAGAGUAAAUGUGUUGAUAGAAGAGCUAAAGGAGUCAAGUUUGCUAGUGGAAUGUUACUCUACUGAGUGCUUCAACAUGCAUGAUAUUGUGCGUGAUGUCGCUCUUUCAAUAUCAGCCAAAGAAAGGAAUGUACUUUUCAUGAAAAAUGACAUAUUAGAUGAGUGGCCUCAUGAAGACGAACAAGCUAAGUACAGUGCAAUUUUCUUACACUAUUGUGAUAUUAAUGAUGAACUUCCUGAGAGUAUAUAUUGUCCUAGACUUGAAGUCUUACAUAUAGAUAAUAAAAAUGAAUGUUUGGAAAUACCAAACAAUUUUUUUAAAGAUAUGAUUCGUCUCAGAGUAUUGAUAUUGACUGGUGUUAAUCUAUCAUGCUUACCUUCCUCAAUUAAAAGCCUAAAAAAAUUGAGAAUGCUUUGUUUGGAGAGAUGCAUUCUAGGAGAAAACUUAGAAAUUAUUGGAGAGUUAAAGAAACUACGAAUUCUUACUCUUUCAGGAUCCAAUUUUGAAUGUUUACCCCUAGAAUUUGGACAACUGGAUAAGUUGCAACUUUUUGACAUAAGCAAUUGUUCAAAACUAAGAGUAAUACCUUCCAAUAUCAUAUCAAGGAUGAAAAAUUUGGAGGAGUAUUAUAAGAGAGACAACUUGAUUACAUGGGAUUUUGAAAAUACAAUCCAAAGUGGAAAUGCUAGUUUUUCUGACUUGAGGCAUUUGAAUCGAUUAAGAAGUGUAGAAAUACACAUUCCAAGCAUAGAUGAUUUUCCUCAGAAUGUGUUCUUUAAUAAGUUGGAUAGUUACAAGAUUGUGAUUGGAAAAUUCAACAUACUUACACAGGGAGAAUUCAAAAUGCCUGACAAGUAUGAAGUAGUGAAGUUUUUGGCAUUGGAUCUAAAAGAAGAUGUUGACAUUCAUUCUAAAAAAUGGGUUAAGAUGUUGUUCAAAAGUGUAGAAAAUUUGUUACUGGGAGAACUCAAUGACGUGCAUGAUAUUUUGAAUGAACUAAACGUUGAAGGAUUUCCAAAUUUAAAGCAUUUAUUCAUUGUAAAUAACUCUGGCAUUCAACACAUUAUAAACUCAAAGGAGGAGUUGCAUCUGCUAUGUGCUUUUCCCAUAUUGGAGUCCAUGUGUCUAUACAAACUGGAGAAUAUGGAGAAAAUAUGUGACACUCAACUUGCAGAAGCCUCUUUCUGCAGAUUAAAAAUCAUCAAGAUUAAAACAUGUGAUAAGUUGGAAAAUGUUUUCACAUUUUCCAUGGUCAGAUCCCUCACCAUGCUUGAACAAGUUGAAGUAUGUGCAUGUGAUUCUUUGAAGGAGAUAGUUUCUGCUGAAAGACAAACUAGCACAACCAGUGACAACAAGAUAGAGUUUCCUCAGUUGCGAUUUUUAACAUUACAAUGUUUACCAACAUUUUCUUCUUUAUAUUCCAAUGACAAGUUGACUUGUAGUGCACAGUUAUUGCAAAAUCAAGUGCCAGACAAGAAUAAAGAUAUUACCACUGAUGCUUGCUUUGCACUCUUCAAUGAAAAGGUUUCAAUUCCCAAAUUAGAAUCGUUGCAGUUGUCUAUGAUCAACAUCCACAAGAUAUGGAGUGAUCAAUCUUUGCAAUGUUCUGAAAAUUUGACUACAUUGAAUGUUACAGAUUGUAGUAAUUUAAAAUAUUUACUGUCAAUCUCCAUGGCUGGAUGUUUGGUGAAUCUCCAAAACCUUCUUGUUAGUGAAUCUGAAAAGAUGGAGAAUAUAUUCUGCCCAGAAGAUCCAAAGAAAAAUAUUGAUGUUUUUCCCAAGUUGAAGAAUAUGCAGAUCAUUUGCAUGGAGAAACUUGAAACCAUUUGGCAGCCCCAUAUUGGUCUCAAUUCCUUCCAUAAUUUGGAUUCUUUGAUAAUAAGAGAGUGUCACAAACUAGUUACGGUUUUUCCUAGUUAUAUGAUGCAAAUACUUCAGAGCCUUCAAACAUUGAACAUUAUUAAUUGCGAGUUAGUUGAAAUCAUAUUUGAUUUUGGAAAUAUUCCGCAAACUUAUGAUAGGAAUGAAACAAACUUGCAUAGUGUGUAUAUCAAAAUGCUUCCAAAUUUGGUGCACGUAUGGAAGGAUAACACCAGAGAAACAAAAUAUAAAAAUCUGAAAAGAGUAGAUGUUCGGGAUAAUCCAAAUCUAAAAUAUCUCUUUCCACUUUCUAUUGUCAAUGACUUAGAAAAACUGGAAGUACUUAACAUAUGGAAUUGCGGUGCAAUGAAGGAGAUUGUUGCUGGGGAUAAAGGUUCAAAUGAAAAUGCUAUCACUUUUAAAUUUCCUCAUCUAGAUGUUCUAUUGUUUCAACAAUCACCUGAACUUGAGAAUUUCUACCGGGGAGCUCACACUGUAGAGUGGCCAUUAUUGAAGAAGUUGGCGAUAACCAAUUGCUUCAAAUUGGAAGGGAUCCGUACAAAAAUAGAAAACUCACAAGGGAAAUCAAUUGGUUUAGCUACAGAAAAGGUGAUAUACAACUUAGAAUGGAUGUUAAUGAACUUGGGCGAAGGGGGGAUGUUUCAAAAGUAUGCUGUCAGUGUUCCGAGAAUGCACAAACUUCAAUCACUUGUUACCUGGGGAUUGAAGAAUACUAAAAUUCUUUUUCAGAUGCUUCAUAGACUUCCUAAUUUGGAAAAAUUAACAUUGGCAGGUUCUUCCAUGAAAAGAAUUUGGACUCCUGAAAGCCUCAUUUCACAUGAAAAAAUAGGUGUUAUGCAACUUAAGGAGUUGGAAUUACUUCAAUUAUGGUGUUUGGAGGAGAUAGGUUUUGAGCAUGACUCCCUUCUACAAAGCAUUGAGCGCUUAGUCAUUGUUGAAUGUUUGAAAUUGAUAAAUUUAGCAUCAACCUCAAUAUCAUUCACCUCAUUAACAUAUUUGGAAGUGAGUGAUUGUAGUGGGUUGAGGAAUUUAAUGACAUCUUCAAGUGCUAAAAGCUUAAUUCAACUCACAACUAUGAAGAUAAGCUUUUGUCCCAUGAUGGUGGAAAUCAUUGAAGAAAAUGAAGAGGAAAAGGUAGAAGAAAUUGAGUUUAGACAAUUAAAAGUUUUAGAAUUGGUGUCUUUACAAAAUCUCACAAGUUUCUGCUCUUCAGAUAAAUGUGACUUAAAGUUCCGAUUACUGGAAAACUUAGUAGUGAGUGGAUGCUUUAAAAUGUCAAAAUUCUCUAAAGUUCACAAAGCUCCAAAUUUACAAAAAAUACAUGUUGUUGCUGGAGAAAAGGACAAAUGGUAUUGGGAAGGUGAUUUAAAUGGCACCCUACAAAAAAUGAUCACAUACAAGGCUCAUUUUGAAUAUUCAAAGCACAUGGAACUUGUGGAGUAUCCCGAGUUAACAAGAGUUCGGCAUGGGAAACCCAUCUUUCCAGACAACUUCUUUUGCUGUUUAAAAACACUGGAAUUCGUUGCAGCAAGUAAAAUACAGAUUGUAAUUCCAUCUUAUGUACUUCCUUACAUGAAGAACAUAGAAGAACUGAAAGUCAAUAGUUGUGGUGCAGCGCAAGUAAUAUUUGAUAUAGUUGACACUGAAACCAGGCACAAGUCAAUAGUCUUUCUUUUGAAGAGACUUACUUUAGAAAGCUUGUCAAAUUUGGAAUGUGUAUGGAACAAAAAUCCUAAAGGAAUUGCCAGCUUUCCCAAUUUGCAAGAAGUUGUUGUUAACAGCUGUGACAGCUUGAAAUCUUUGUUCCCUUCAUCCCUUCCAAGAAAUCUUGGGAAGCUUAAGACACUUCGAAUAAGCUGGUGUAACAAAUUGGAAGAAAUUGUUGGAAAGGAAGAUGCAAUGGAACAUGGAGUAAGUGAAACGUUUGAAUUUCCUAGUUUACUCUCACUAAAUCUUCUUCAUUUGCCACGACUUAGUUGUUUUUAUCCUGGAAAACACCAUCUAGAAUGCCCCAGAUUAGAAACCUUAUACGUGCACGUUUGCUCUAAGUUGAAGUUAUUCACAUCAGAAUUUCAUUGCCACAAAGAAACAGUUAUACACAGUGAUCAAAAUAUUGUUCCAAUUAUGCGUCUACAGCAACCCCUGUUCUCGGUUGAAAAGGUUGUUCCGAAGCUUAAGGAGUUGAACGUGAACGAGGAAAACAUUACCUUCUUGAGCGAAGCACAUUUGCCACGAAACCUCCUUUGCAAAUUAAGUAUUCUCUAUGUAAUCUUUGAGGGUUAUGACAAUAAUAAAGGUACUUUGCUAUUUGAUUUCCUUCACAAGGUACCCAAUUUAAAGAAACUUCUCGUGAGUGGGUGCUAUGGUCUAACGGAGAUAUUUCCCCAUGAAAAACUCCAAGUUCAUGACGGAAUACUUGUGGGAUUAGAGUUAGAGCACCCAUGGGUAAAGUCAUUAUCUGAAAAGCUUGAAUCAUUAACACUUAAUAAUUGUCCUCGGUUAGAGAAAUUAGUACCUUGUGAUGUAUCUUUCGUGAAUUUGAAAGAAUUGAUUCUGACACAUUGUAAAAGGAUGGAGUAUGUAUGUACAUUUUCAACUGUGAAAAGUAUGGUGCAACUUGAAAGGCUAGAUAUCCAAGGUUGUGAAUCAAUGAAAAAAGUUGUAAAAGAAGAAGAUGAAAACGCUUUUGAUGAGAUCAUAUUUGGACGUCUUAGAGAGUUAAUACUGAUUUCCUUACAAAGACUAGAAUGCUUUUAUAUGGGGAAUGCCACUUUACAAUUCCCAUGUUUGCCAUUAGCUAGAGUGGCUAAAUGCCCCAACAUGAAAACAUUCUCUAAAGGAAUCAUAAAUGCCCCAUCGUUUUUGGGUGUUGUGACAUCAAAGGAGGUUUGGGAUUGUCAGUUUGAUGAUGACAUCAACACAACAAUGGAGAGGUUGUUUCACGAACAGGUGGAAAGGUUCGCAUGCGAUAUACAACAUUUGAGAUUUGGUUAUCACCCUCAAUUAGAAGAGAUAUGGCUUGGUGUAGUUCCUAUGCCAAGUGAAAAUUGUUUCAACAAUUUGAAAUAUUUAAUUGUGUUUGAAUAUGAAAACUUAUCCCAUGUCAUUCCUUUUUAUAUACUUCCAUUAUUACGCAACUUGCAAGAGAUCCAUGUAGUCAACUGCCAAUCUGUUAAGGCGAUAUUUGAUAUGAAAAAUAUGGGAGCAGACAAUAAACCAGCUUCUAAGUAUUCUCUUCCUUUGAAGAAAUUGAUUCUCAAUCGUUUGCCAAAUCUGGAGAGUGUCUGGAAUCUGAAUGUUGAUGAAAUUAUCGGUCUUCAAGACUUGCAAGAAGUGUACAUUUAUAAAUGUCAAAGACUUAAAAGUUUGUUUAGAUCAUCAGCGGCCAAUCAUCUUGUUAUUCUUUUUGUGAGAAAUUGUCCAAGCCUGGAGGAAAUUUUUGUAGAAGAUGAAGCAGCCUUGAAGGGAGCAACUAAAGAGCUCAUUUUCCAUUGUCUGACCUCAAUAACUCUAUGGAAAUUGCCUGAGCUCAAGUAUCUCUUCCCUGGAAAACACUCCCUAGAAUGGCCAAUGCUAUCACGUCUUAAUAUAUUUCAUUGUGACAAGUUGAAAUGGUUUACAAUUGAACAUCAUAGUCAAGUUGCAGAUCAUCAACUUGAUUUUUCAAAUGAUGAGCAAGCCAUUUUCGUUGCUGAAAAGAUCUUUCCAAACUUGGAGGUUUUGUCACUCACAAAGGAAGAUGUCACGGUGAUAUCGCAUGGAUUGUUUCAGGGAAAGGCAAAUCCUCAAAUUGCUAUCCAUGACAGGGAGCAUCAAACAAUAACUAAGGAAGAAGCUGUGAUUGGGCAAGGACAAUUCGAUACAGAUGCUGCAAACCUUCUGCAAAAUUUGAAAUAUCUCCAAUUGCAAUGUUAUCAUGCGGAAGAUGAGUCAAAUACAUUAUUCUCAAGUGGCUUAAUUGAAAAGAUACCAAACCUUAAAACACUGAAAGUUCUUUGUUCGACCUUCAAUGAAAUAUUCACCUCCCAAAAACCUAAUGCUGAUUGUGCCAAAAUUGUUUUAAAGCUAAAAGGCUUAUAUUUGGAUACUCUCAAAAGGCUUAGUUCCAUAGGGUUGGAGCACUCAUGGGUAGAACCAUUACUUAAAACACUAGAAACAUUGGAUGUAGGGUUAUGCCCUUGCCUGAAAAUCCUAGUGCCAUCCAAUGUGUCCUUUUCAAAUCUUAUAAAUUUGACUGUUGAUGGAUGUCAUGGAUUAGUAUAUUUGCUCACACUCUCAACAGCCAGAAGUCUAGGUCUUCUCAAGAACCUGUCCGUACAAGAUUGUCAAGCAAUAGAGGAAAUAGUGUCCAAAGAGGGUGAUCAUGAAUCCAUUGAGGAUGAGAUAAUAUUUGGACAGCUCCGAACCUUGUCCCUUCAAUUUUUACCAAACUUUGUAGGAUUUCACACAGGCACUUCCAAGUUCAUAUUCCCAUUGUUGUCUCAAAUGAAUUUGAUGGGAUGCCCCCAAAUGAAAUAUUUCUUCGAGCAUGAUUUGCGUCAAUUCGUACCUUCCAACUUUGCGACUUUGUAGAAGUUUCUGUCUAAUUUUCAUGGACCAUUCAAUUGUACAGUCUUACUGGCUGCAACGUGUGCAAGUUUUCUUUCCUAUUUGAUACGAGCUCUGUUAGGGUUUGGCCCCCGUUCUUUGUCAAGCUAGUUAAACUCCAUUUUAUUCCACUAUUUUCAGCUUACCAAGUUGUUCCUGGAAUUGUGGGGCUCCUCUGUAGGCUGCCUAUGUUGUUAGCUAGCAUCUGUCCAGAUAUGGGAAUCCUGGUGAUCGUAGUGACGAUGGGAAUGUUGCAGCUUAGUCAGUCAUGUUUCGAUGUUGGCCUCAUGUUUGAAGGGCCUUCGUUAUAUUGUAAUCGCUUACUCUAUGAGCAAGCUUUUGAAUGUCGGUUGAACCUUUUAUAUUUCGUUCAUGGCAUUCUGAUGUGCCUUAGUCUUUCCUUUCAAGUAUAUUUUGGAUAACUGUAAUAAUUGAUACAUAUACUUCAUGAUGUUGCUCUUUAUAUUAUACUAGUAUUUU